GAUCAAACAAAACCCUAACAUUUAUUGUAAAACCCUGGGGCAGGUCGCGAGAUAUCCCAUUUUUGAUUGGGCAUUAGAUUCCGUGUGGGGUUUAUGAUCUAGGGUUUCUUCUUUGGCUCUCUUCUUCUGUUUGGUAUCUUCUUUGUUUUUGUUUUUUUUUCCUUUAUCUUCCAGAAAUGGAACUUAUCAGAAGAACCGAGAGCAGAGGAAUCGUUGCUGCUGCUGCCCUUGAGUCGGUUUUGAAGUCUGUGGUGAUGGAAACGAUUUUGGAUGCUGGAAAGUCUCUCCUUUGGCUUCUAUGUGUGAUGGGAUCUUCACGUAAUGGAGCUAAUUUAUUUGAUGACGGAUGUGAGAUAAGUGAAGGAUUUCCCCUUUCAUCUUUGAGAAAAAUCAAAGGUGAAGCCUUGCCUGAGAACAAGGAUGAUGGUGAAUCUGAUGAGGAGGAGGAGGAGGAUGAAGCUGGUGAGCAAGAAGAUGAUGGUGGUGAGGAAGAUUACUCAGGGGAUGAAGGAAAUGAGGAGGAAGAGGAGGAGGAACUUGAAGCCAAUGGCGGCGGAGGAAGUGAAGACGAGGAUGGGGAUGAGGAUGAUGAAGAUGAGGAUGAGGAUGGGGAUGAUGAAGAUGAUGAAGAGGAUGCCGAGGAAGAAGAAGAUGAUGAAGAUCAGCCACCCCCUAAGAAGAGCAAGUAAGUUUAUCUUUGUGUUUGAAGUGGCUUCACUCUUGAAUUUUCCCGUGUGCAAGGUUUGUCAUUGUUAUUGUGGCUGUUAGAUUAAUGUUUAGAGGGCUGCCUUAGAAUAGGUAAACAGACUACAUUUUGAAAUGAUACUUUAACUAUCUGACUUCUUUGUAGUUUUAUGAUUCUAAGAGACUUUGGUAAUGGAUGCAUGCUGGCUUGUUUUUGGAGUUUUGCCAA